AUGGUCCGUCCACCUUGUAAACCCUGUAAUCAAAGUACUAGUCACAAUAUCGAACACAAUUGGGCUUUGGAGCUCAUAAUUAUGUUAAGUAUAAGUACAUACCAAGAGGAUCAGUUGUUAGGUCAAAUUGAAAAUCAAAGUUGUCAAGAAAAUCCCAUUUUUAAAACCGAACAAGGCAAAUAUUUAGCGGAUAAUUUAGCUGAUCCCUUAAUAAAAGCUUUAACACAAGUUGCACACAAACGUCCAAAUGACCCGUUGGAAUAUUUAACAAAUUAUCUGCAAAGUUACGUAUCAACACGCAAUACGAAUGGUAGAACCAUUACACAAGCAGCCAUACACUCGGGUAGUAGUCAAACAAAUUCCACAGUUUUAGCCUCCUCUAAACCUUCAACACCGCCACCACCACCACUACAACCACCAGCAGCACAAAUGCAAAGGCAGAUGGCACGUAUGAAUGGUCACGUAAAGUAUGCCAAUGAGGAUAGUAUUGAAGAGGAUUCGUUGCAACAAAUUGAACAAUUCGAUGGAGAUGAUGGUAAUGACUCGGAUGCAGAAAUAUCGAAAAAAUUAGAGGAACGUGAUGAACAUGGUCAAAGUAUGUUACAUUUUGCUUGUGCCAGAUCACAUCGUAAAGGUGGUCUGAUACAUCUAAUCGAAGAGGCGAAAGCGGAUAUAACAUAUCGUGAUGAAUUGUAUCGUACGGCCAGAGAUGUGGCAUUGCAGGCCAAUCAAUUGGGCAAUGCUAAAGAGAUUGAUCGUUAUGUUAUGUCGUUGGCUAUAGUGGGAGACAUUAAACCCUUUGAACAUUUAGCCAUUUCCGGUUAUGAUCAUAUCAUAGAUGUUGUGGAUGAUAAUGAAAUCCCUAUUAUAGAUGUGGUCGAAGCUAGGGGACUUUCGGAAUUAGCCGAAUAUUUACGCACCAUAAGACCAUUAGAGGAAUUGCGCGAAGAGCUGCAUCAAAUGAUACGUGACAAUAAUAUGGAACGUGUUAAGGAAAUAGUUGAUAGUCCAGAUGGCAAAUGGUUGAUAAAGGCCAAAAAUUAUUAUGGUCGAACAGCUUUACACAUAGCAAUAUUGAAGGAAUCUGUAGAAAUUGUGGAAUAUUUUGUUAAUCUCUGUCCGGAAGCUCUAAAAAUUGGUGAUAAUUUGGAACGCACUGCAUUGCACUAUGCCAUGGGUACAAAUAUUAUAGAAAGUAUUAGUCGUAUUUUAAUACAAAAUGGUGCCAAGCGUACAUAUAAAGAUUUGAAAGGUCGUCAACCGAGUUAUUAUUUUAUGAAUAAGGCCGAUAUUUUACGUUUGCAAGAGGAAGAAGAUGAAAUCGUUAAGGAAAAAAUUCUAAAUUUUUACAAACUGGCUAAAUUAAACUCCAAUGCCGUUAAUAAUCGAAUUGCUUAUGAUGGUCCCAUUCUGGGUCAACGACACGUUCAAGUGGUAUUAUUGUCCCUUUGCACAGUUGUGAGUUUUAUUGUCCGACUUAGUGUGAGUAUAUCAGUAGUAGCCAUGACGAAUGCAAAAGCAACAAAUCCAGAUUUUCCGGAAUACAAAUGGAGUGAAAUGGAGAAGUCCUACGUACUGUCCAGUUUCUUCGGUUACUUUAUAACCCAAUUUCCAGGAGGCUUAAUAUGCAAUCGUUUUGGUGUUAAAAAAGUACUGUUUUUAUCAUUUUUUGGCUCUUCUGUGCUUAGCAUACUGGUUCCACUCACCAUAGACUGGGGCGGUUGGCAGAUAUAUUGUGCUAUACGUUUAGUCCAGGGUCUAUUACAGGGUCCACUUUUCCCCUGUUUACUUCAACAUUUAGCUGUUUGGUGUCCAACUAAUGAACGUAAUCGUUUGGGAGCUAUUACCUAUACAGCUAUUGAUAUUGGUAUAGUGUUGGGCAUUUAUACGAGUAGUAUUAUAGCGGCUUCGUCAAUGGGUUGGCCCGGUAUUUCGUAUGUGUCAUGUGCUCUUGGUUUAAUUCUAACUGUGCCAUGGCUUAUAUUUGCCUCUAAUUCACCAAAUACAUGUAGAUUUAUAUCACAAGCUGAAAUAAAUUAUAACGAGGCGAAAACUGCUUUAAUGGAACAAGAUGUUAAUGCUGUAUACGAAACAAUACCAGUACCUUGGAAAGCUAUUUUAGGUUCGGUGCCAUUUUGGGCAUUAUUAAUAACCAGAGCCGGCUGUGCCUGGGGCAAUGCAACGAUACAGACGGAAAUUCCUUCUUAUAUGAAUUCAGUCUUAGACAUGGAUAUAAAAGGUAAUGCCUUAUUUUAUGCUUUACCCUUCCUGACACAGUGGAUUAUGUCAAACGUUUAUAUAAUUUUGGAAAAUAUUCUUAUGAAACGACGUCUUUUAACACUUAAUGCGCUGAGAAAAACUUUCAAUUCCCUGGCUUUCUGGAUACCAGCUGGUGGUCUCUUAUUACUGGGAUUUCUGGACAAAGAUCAGAAAAUCUUUGGCAUUAUUUUGAUGAUCUGCAGUUUAGGUAUUUUUACGGGCGCUACUAUAGGUAGCGCUCUCAAUGCUAUUGAUUUGUCUCCCAACCAUGUGGGUAUUUUGAUGGGUAUUAUUAAUACCACUUCCAAUAUAGUGUCCUUUGUAGUGCCCCUGUUUGUGGGUCUCAUUGUUGAGGAUGUGACUAAUCGGAACGAAUGGCAAACUGUGUUUAGCAUUUCAGCCGCCAUUUUUGGUUUAACAAAUCUAUUAUAUAUUAUCUACGGUUCGACGAACAUACAGCCAUGGGAUCAUGCAAAUUAUCACCUAUUAAAAGAAAAGGUUUAAAUAUUAAGAAGUAGUUUAAGAUUUUAGAUGAAAUUUGUAUAUAAUUUGUUGUUUAAUAA